AUGUAUGAUCUGCUGUCGGUGGCGGAGACGGCGGGGCCGGAGGAGAUCAAGGCGGCGUUCAAGCUGCAGGCGCGGCGGUGGCACCCGGACGCCUGCCGCAAGGCGGGGGAGGAGGGCGCCUUCGCCGAGCGCUUCAAGCGCGCGCGCGAGGCCUACGAGGUUCUCUCCGACCCGGACCUCCGCCGUGAGUACGACCGCAUGCUGCUCUUCUCCGACGGCUGGACCACCGCCGGCGGCUCCGGAGGGGUCGUCCUCCGGCGCAACCGCGACCGCCGCACCGGAUUCGGGGACUGGGAGAGCCAGCUGGAUGGGAUGUCUAGGCGGCGGGAGCCGUGGUGGGUGGCCAACGCGGCGGGGCAGAGGAGGGCCGCUGGCGGAGAGGGGGAGAGCUGGGGGAGCAGGGCGAGGGCCCACGCGGCUGCGGAGACUUCAGAAUGA